AUGGAAAAGGUUCUAGUUUUAAAAAUGCUUAAUAGUGAAGCGGUUAAACGACGAAAAAGUACCGAAUGUAGAAUUCUUUUUGCAGAAGAAUUAGGUUUCCGUGAACUUAUUAUUUUAGAUGAGUGCCUUCAAUGGAAUAGCUAUAUUGAACAAUCUAGAGUGGAGUUGAAUUAUCAUAAAUUAAGAUUAAAAGAACAGCAAAUGUUAGAUGAUAUUCAUUCACAAGUGAUCAGUUCGUUUGAUCUUGGUGAUCUUCAUAACGAAGAAAUGCAAUUGCGUUCUUCAAUAUUAAAUUUUCAAAACCGUUUAAACGAAGGUGAAGAAUGGUUUAAAUCUUUUGAUUCUAACCCUACAAAAGCUGAAGAAAAAAGAAUAGAGGCUUGGAAUCAUGAGAAGGAGACUCUUGAAGUUCAUAUGGCCCAUUUACGGAUUAGAAUAGCAAAUCUUAAUGAAGAACCUACUGCUAAAGCACCACCUAACGUAGAUAACCAUAUAGAAGUAUAUUCAGCACCACUUUUCUCUGAAACUAUAUCAAAAGAUAUUCAGAUUUCUAAGUUAGCAGAAUGGACAAAAGAAAGCCUUGAUCGUGCUCGUAAUCUGUUAACUUGA